UCCUGCAGCAAGGAGCUUCUAACACAGCAAAUAUUCACUGCUACGCGCUGUACUAUAAGUAGGCCUAUACUAUAAUUUAUAAGCUAAAACAGCAUCAACUUCGACCCCGGUUAUCUUGCCGUCCAAUACUGCAGCAAAAUUUGUUCAUUAACAUUUUGAUACGGGCGUGUGCUGCAGCGUUGCCAGACUUUGAAUUUAUCACGUAAGGACUCCAUCUUCCAUCAGUUUUUAGUCUCCAAACCCGGGCUCCAAACAUGGUGGAUUCUAAUCUCAUAGUAGGCGUGGACGUAGGAGGAACCUACACAGACGCCGUGUGCCUUCGCGAGGGCCGUGUUAUGGGCGUGGUGAAGGAACCAACCACCCAAGAUGUGACUGGGGGAGUCAAACACUCCAUACAGAGUCUGAUCAGAGUACUCCAGGAACAAGGUAAUCCAACAAACUUCCGCCAGGUGAAUAUUGGAACCACUCACUUUGUGAAUGCAGUAUUGCAACGACGUCACCUGACUCGUGUUGCCAUUUUAAGACUGUGUGGGACAGCCUCACAUGCUCUUGAACCAUGUGUCGAGUUCCCAGAUGACCUCAAGCAGGCAGUGUAUGAUUCUCAUUACUUCUUGAAUGGUGGCUUUAACUAUGAUGGCCAGACCAUUACCUGUCUUGACUUUGACGAGGUACUGUCAUGCUUGAAUGAACUAAGAGAAAGGGGUAUCACCAACAUCGUAGUCAGCUGUGUCUUUGCUCCUGUCAAUGGCGACCAAGAAUUCCAGGUUAGGGAUUUUAUAAGAGAACAUUACAAAGAGGCAAGCGUGACUCUCUCUCAUGAGAUUGGGCAAAUGGGAUUGCUCGAAAGGGAGAAUGCCGCCAUCUUGAAUGAGUCACUGAAGCCGCUGUGCAGGCAAACAGUCCGUGCAUUCAGUCAGGCUCUGCAGGAAUUGAACAUUAAAUGUCCAUUCUUCAUGACGCAAAAUGAUGGCACCAUCAUCAGUUCUGAAUUGGCACUUGAUCUACCAGUGCGUACAUUCUCAUCUGGUCCAACAAAUAGUAUGAGAGGAGCAGCACAUUUGUCAGGGGUGACAGACAAUGCCAUAGUCAUCGAUAUCGGUGGAACCUCGACCGAUGUCGGCUACCUGAUGAAGGGUUUUCCUCGGGAGUCUUCGAGCAGGAGCCAUAUUGCCGGGGUCUCAACAAACUUCAGGAUGCCAGAUGUGCAGAGCAUCGGACUCGGUGGUGGCUCAUUGGUGCAAGGAGAUCAUUUGGAAAACAUUGCUGUUGGUCCAAGAAGUGUUGGUUAUCGUCUUCUUAGUGAGGGUCUUACUUUUGGUGGGAACACACUCACUGCCACAGAUAUCGCCGUAGCAGCUGGACUUGCUGAAGUAGGAGAUACUGCCAAGGUUGCUCACAUUCCCAAGAACACUGUAGACAGUGCUGUUGACAAAAUGCACAAAAUGGUUGAAGAGGUCAUUGAUCAAAUCAAGAUCAGCAGUGACGAUGUACCAGUCAUUGUGGUUGGAGGAGGGAGUAUACUUAUUGAUGAGAAUCGUGGUCUUCAAGGAGCUUCUCGUCUCAUUAAACCACCCCAUUAUCAGUCUGCAAAUGCUGUUGGAGCAUCUCUAAGUCAAGUCAGUGGGACGGUAGACUACCUGGUAAACGUUGCAGAGGUCUCUCGUGAAGAUGCUAUUAAGACAGCAGAAGUAAGGGCAAGACAUGCUGCAGUGGCAAAUGGUGCUGACGAGACCACUUUAGAAAUCACAGAAAGGCAGUCCGUAGGGCUAGCCUAUCUCCCAGGCCAUGUUAUAAGAAUUAAAGUCAAAGCUGUGGGAAGGUUGGCAAUUUCCAGUCUGGAGUCCAUCAACAGCUCGUACCAAACAGAGGAAGUACCAGUCAAGGCAGAAGCACCUCCCUCAAAACAGUCAUGUGACAUAGGAAGUGACCAAUCAGAAAUGGCAAGGCAAGAUGCAGAGCAGACAACUGUGAAAAGCACUGAUGAAAUUGAUUAUCAACCCCACAUUGAUCCAUCGACGGGUGAAUGGAUCGUCAGCGAACGAGAUAUUGAGUACAUCACUAUUGGAGCUGGGUUACUGGGAUCUGGAGGGGGUGGUAGCCCCUACAUGGGCAAGCUGAGGGCUCUUAAACAACUGAGGAGUGGCAAGAGAAUCAGAAUCAUUGCUCCGGAGAGAUUCGGUACAACUCCAGCUCUGCAAGGAAAGGUUCCUUCUGUAGCUUUCAUGGGUGCUCCAGCUGUACUGAUUGAGAAGUUAGUCUCUGGCACCGAGAUACCUAGGGGUCUCACCUGCCUACAGGAUAUACUGUCAGCAAACCCAGACGAUGUCCGCCAUCAAGCAGCACCUCUAGAAAAUGCUGAAAGCAGUUUAAACGAUGGGCUUGUCUUUGUGAAGGACUACACUAUGUGUUCCUCAAACUCUACAUCUGACAAGAUAUGUGCAAUCUUAUCUGCGGAGAUCGGUGGCUUGAACUCCAUUGAACCUCUCAUUACUGGUGCCGACCUAGAUGUACCUAUCUUAGACUGUGAUGGCAUGGGGAGAGCUUUCCCAGAAUUGCAGAUGUUCCUUCCCACGAUUCACAAGAAGCCCUUGUAUCCUGCUGUCUUGGUUAGUGACGGUAGUCAACAGUCAGUGAUAGCAGAGGCAGCAAACUCAGUUCAGGUUGAAAACUGCUUUCGGACUGUUGUCGGCACGCAGAUGGGAUGUUCUGGAGGGGUAGUCCUAGCACCAUUGAGUGCGGAGGAUAUAUCAGCCACAACUAUACCAUAUUCUUACAGUCGUGCUUGGAAUCUUGGUCGUGUUGUGAUGACAUCCCAAAUCUCUAGUUCAGAUCCUAUCCAGGCCAUCGUGCAGGCAGGCAAUGGAGUGCUUCUCGUCUCUGGCAAGAUAACCAAUGUGAAUCGUGAGACAACAGGUGGAUUUGACAAGGGGGACGUACUCGUUGCCGGUUCGGGAGAAUAUUCAGGAGUUUCCUUUCUCAUCUCUUUCCAGAAUGAAAAUCUGGUUGCCAAGGAACGGAAAAUGGUUGAUAAUGUGCGCCAAGAAAAGAUUGUUGCCAUGACACCAGACAUCAUCGUCAUCACUGAUGCUGACAAAGGUCAUCCAAUCACAACAGAGGAGGUCCAGUAUGGUCUCCGUGUAGCCGUCAUCGCACUCCCCAGCCCCCCUGCUCUACGAUCACCACAGGUUCUUGGCGUUGUUGGGCCCAGAGCAUUCAAUUACGAUGUUGAUUUUGUUCCCAUAGCCGAUUACAUGCCACCUACCCCCAUUCCUCCCAUACCAUAAAUUUCUAUUAAUAAGAAACUUGUAAAAUACUUAUGAAUAACAUCAUAUAUCUUUUUAGUAAAGUUGUAUAUACAUGUACUGAAAUAUAUAUAUUAAAGAUUUGAUUUGUUUUACUCAACAAAUUUGAUAAUUUUUUCAACAUCAUGAAAUGUUUUAUAUAAGGCUGAAAAGCAAUAUACCUCUUAUUGAAAUUUUAAGGCAAAUUUUUUUGUCUUCUUUCAAUGUUCGUAAUGCGCCUUAACGCCCUCUACCUUCGUCUUUACGUCUAUAUGUGUAUUAUGACGGAAUAAACCCAUUCAGACUUCGCCCUUAGGAUGUAUGCAUAUAUACAUAGUAUCCUUUUAGUGAAAUAUACAUUUCAGAUUUGAUUUGUAUUACUGAAAAAAUUUCACAAUUUUUAAGUAUCAUGAAAUAUUUUAUAUGAGGAUGAAAAGUAAUAUGAUCAAUCAUAUUUUUCUACUUUCUGUACUUAAUUAUAUAGAUAGUCGGUAUCCUUAUAGUUCAUUGGAUUUAACCCUAACAAGACUGGG